AUGAGGGACGACAUUGUUCAGGCGGUAACCGCCGUCACGCAGCAGGCGCUGGGAACCGUCGGCUUCUCGCUUCCGCCCAACGUGCUUGCUACAAUGAGGCCGGGCCGGCUUGGCACGUCCCCGUCGGCCGGCGACCAGGAGACGGCGCCACGGCAAAGGCCGGAAAAAAGGGCUGGCAGCGGAAGUGCAGCCGACGACGACAACGCCGGAAAUUCGAAGCGGAGUAAAGGUGUUGAUGGGAACCGAGCAGUCGGUGGCGACGUUCCAGAUCGUGCCCAGACUGGUUCUCCCGUCCUCGACAUGCUGAAGAAAAAAGGGGCGACAAUUCGGCUCCUUGCUCCGCAGAGUAGAGGCGGAGCCGGCGGCAGCUCGGAGGGCAGGACUGCCGCCCCGGCGGGUCUUCCACUCACGACGGUGGAAGGAAAGGCCGACGGGGCGACACCCGACGUCCAACCGGGGACCGAUGCAGGUAUUGGCAAUGUCGGCGGUUCAGUUGGAGCUGUUGGGGUGCAGGCCGACGCGGCGCUACCGACCAUUCACACGGCGACCGGUACAAGUACCAACGCCGUGUUGCUUCCAAUAGUAAUUCCACGCGGGCCGGUAUUCGAAGUUCAGGCUCCGUCGAUCGGCGUGCAGACUCAAAUGGUCGGCGUGGGGGAGAACACGGGCGCCAUUGGCGCGGAGGACGACACGGGCGGUCUCGGCGUGGAGGAUGAUCCCGUGGCGAGAGCGCUGAUGGAGGAGCUACUUGCUCUUCAGGCGCCAUCGCAGCAGCAGCCCGUCGCCACCGACAACAGCGCCGUCCCAACAACUCGCGGUGGGUCGCAACCUGUCGCCGGUACAGCACCAACAGCCCCGAUCUCGGCCGAUAACAACGCGCGUCACGCGGCAGCACCAUCUACUAACCGGCCGACAACUGUGCCCGUCGCUGCGCCGACCACGGGGCAAGACAACGCCGGCCACACCCCUUCGGACCCUGUCGCGGUGCUGGCCGCGGUCAACGCGCGCCAAGUGGCAGCACCUUCAUCGCAUCCGCCAACAUCUGUCGCAAGCGCUGCGCCGACCACGCAGCUCCCCGGCGCCGUGGCCACGCCGUCGGACCCAGUCUCGGACAUGCUGAUGGCCGAGGUCUUCUCGCUCCAAGCAGCUGCACAGUCAGCUCAACCGCAGACUCACGGCCAGCGCGCUGCGCUGACCACGGUGAACUUGGGGGAGCCCGUACACCAGGAAGCGCCAAACGAGACGGUUCCAGCGCAUCAUCAGGUCGGCGCAGCGUCCGGACAAGGUGAUUGGGGCGCGGUGGCAGGAGACGAUGGUGCGGGGGAGAUCCCUCUUGUUAUCGAGGAUGCCGAUGUGGAAUUGUUACAAGCGGCGUUGGAAGCAGACGACCUUGCCGCACUUCAGCCUGUCGGGCAUCCUCGGCGUGGAGGGUCGGCCUGCCGGUGUUACAACGUCCACCCAGCGUCCACCCAGGCCGGGAAGACCGUGCAGUCGGCCCGGUUGGCCGGCGUCAGUGUUGCCGGCCAGCCUGGUCCGUCCAUACCGGCCUUCCAGACCGGCGCGACCAGCGUCACCGGUGCUGACCAGGCUGGUCUGGCGGGACCGUUCGCUCGGCCCACCGCAGUUCCAGUGGCUACUCAGGCCAGCCAGGCAGGGCCUUCGGCCAGGUCGGCAGGCGUCACUGUCGCAGACCCGGCGAGUCAGGCGGGAACGUCCACCGUUCUGGCCGGUGGACCAGUGGGUGUACACGCCGACAAGGAUGGACAAUCCGAGCGCGGAGUGGGAGGAGGCGAAGGUGAUGCCGAAGGGUAUGUGGACGGUGAUGUGGUCCUGCGGCGCCACGAUGUUUCGUGCACGAAAGUCCUCGCCGACUUCAAACAGAAGAAGUCAUCUGGGCCUCCCCUGAUGAAAGUGCUGAGGCCGGCGGUGUGGUUCGGCCCUGUUUGGGAUCCGGCCAAGCGCAAGCAGCAGCUAAGCGACAUCAUCAACCGCGCUUCUUUGUGCGCGGCGUUCGGGCCAGUCGCGGCAGAUGCCGUCCCCAAAACUGGUGCCGGCACUUCGCGCCUAGGCCAAGCUGUUGCUGCUUCAUCUUGCGCCGUCUGGUGCUUCGCCGAGACCGUGGCCGAGGUCGGAAAAGCGGCGGGUGAAGCGAAGGCGGCGGCACUGCUGUGUAAAGCGAGCACCGACUUUGCUGACACAUGUCACGACGUCGUGAUUGCGGUGCUUGCAACGGCGGUGGCGGUUGCGAGACAGCCCGUCCUGGGAGAGGUUCCGUGCAACGUCACCGACACACUGCAGAGGGAUGCUCUUCGGAAGGCGUACAAGGGCGGUGACCCCACACCCGACGCCGAGAUUAUCGCGAGGGCGACUAUCGAGACCCUCGCUUUCUAG